UGCAGAGGCUGCAGCGGCGGCGGCGGCGGCAGUAGCGGCAGCGGCGGCGGCGGCGGCGGCAGCGCUCCAACUCGCUCCUCGCGCCGGGCUCCGCCGUCGAGCCGGGGAGAGAGCCUCCGCCUGCGGCCAGGCAGCGGCCGGACGACGCCUGCGACCCGGGCCCCUCGGCGGCACCGCGCUCACCCAGGGGCGGCACAGGCACCCAGAGCCGAGACAUUUCCGCCUGGAAACGAACUCCGUGGACAACCUUUGCCGUGUAAUCCUCACCCUUCCGAAAUCAGCACCGCGCUCACGGAGCUCCAAGAUGGGAGGCAAGCUGAGCAAGAAGAAGAAGGGGUACAACGUGAAUGAUGAGAAGGCCAAGGACAAAGACAAGAAGGCCGAAGGCACCGGGACCGAAGAGGAGGGAACCCCGAAGGAGAACGAGGCCCAGGCGGCUGCCGAGACCGCAGAGGUGAAGGAGGGCGAGGAGGAGAAGCCCGGCAAGGAUGGCCCGGACGCGGCGGCCGGCAAGCCCGAAGACCAGGGGGGCGACACGGGCCCGGCCGCGGCGGCCAAGGAAGACGCCCCGAAGGCGGAGCCCGAGCCGGCGGAGGGCGAGGCCGCGCCCCCGAAGGCCGAGCCCGAGCCCGAGCCGGCGGCCGGCGCCCCGGCUGCGCAGCCCGAGGCGCCCGCGGAGGCCAAGGCGGACGACAAGGGCCAGGGCGCCGCGGAAGCCGCCAAGACUGAGGCUCCCGCCGCUCCUGCCGCGCAGGCGACGAAAAGCGACGGGGCCCCGGCUUCAGACUCAAAACCCAGCAGCACCGAGGCGGCCCCGUCGCCCAAGGAGAGCCCGGCAGCCACGGAAGCCCCCAGUUCGGCGGCCAAGGCCCCGGCCCCCGCCGCCCCCGCAGACGCCGCCGCCGAGGCGCCCGCCGCCUGCGCCGAGCAAAGCGUCGCGGCCAGAGAGUGACACGGACAGCCUCCGGAGCCCGAGUCCCGCCGACCCCGCCCGUCUCUGUCCCUUGUCUCUCCCUCUGUCUCCCUCUCCUCCACUAACGCGUUCACACUGGAAGUAAUGAUACGUAUCCCAAGGAAACUAAAAGAUGCAUAGGUGAAAAGGAUGCUGUCCCAUGGAGGGAGGGAGGGGGCGGGGAGAAUCCAAAUAGUAUUUUUGUGGGGAAAUACCUAAUAUACCUUCGGCCAGCGUCACCAGUCAGUCCUGGGUUUUGAAGAUCGCGCCUGGAAGUGCAGUACACCUGCACCUGACGGCCGGCACGCGCCCCGCCGCGAGGAGCCCGAAGGUCGCCUUCUGCAAGGGGGUUGGGAGUGAUGCGCUGGCUUCUGCCCGCACGGCCUGUGCCAAGGCAAGCAGAUCUUUACGAAAGCAGUAUUUUCUGUGUUUCCUUUUCAGUCUACUGCUUUUCUUACUUUGAUAUUUUUUUUUAAUGUUGUGGAUGAAUGCCAACUUUCAGACAGCCCACUUAGCCAGUCCACGUGUAUCUAUCUCGAUGCCAAUACUCCAUUCUUCCUCCCCGGGUAUUCGUGGGAGUAACAAACAUUCUCUCAUCCUACUUAGCCUCCCUAGACUUCUCAUGACGAGUUAAUGCAUGUCCGUGGUUGGGUGCACCUGUAGUUCCGUUUAUUGGUCAGUGGAAAUGAAGAAAAAAAAAAAAAAAAAAAAAAGUCUGCGUUCAUUGCAGUUCCGGUUUCUCUUCCAUUCUGUGUCACAGACACCAACACACCACUCAUUGGGAAAUGGAAAAAAAUGAAAAAAAAAAACAAAAAACAAAAAAAUGUACAAUGGAUGCAUUGAAAUUAUAUGUAAUUGUAUAAACGGUGCAACAGUAAUAAAGUUAAACAAUUAAAACGAAAUAA